AUGAGUAAUACAGCAGCCGUACAAACAGCUUGGCUCAAUGAAAUCGUUGCAGCAGUUGCAGCCAACUCGAUGGCCCACAUGCUUGACUUGCGGGCUGCAUCCGCACUGUGCUGCUGCUUUGUCGCCAUCACUGUUGUACCCAGUGUGUUCAGCUGGGAUGGCCUCGUCGGCAAGCUGCCGACGAGUGUGAUGGGCCUGAGACUUCAUGACCGAGGUACGCAGACCACAACACUACACACGCCACGAAAGUCCGGAGAUCCUGCACUGUGCAAUGCGUCCUGUCCUUCCAUUCGUCCGCUGAAGGCCUGGAAGCCUUUUUUAAACAUGCACGUCAUGACGAAGAUGCACGUACAUUGGUUGGGGAAUGGAACAAGCGACGUGAAGGAAGUCAUGGUGGAUGAAGUAGUUAGGAUCAAGAUCGAUGGGCAUUUCUCUUUUGCGAGUGCCCCGAAUGUCUUUGCUUGGAUCCGCUCGGAGGCUGGGGACAUUUUGUAUGCUGAGCUUGGCACUCCCAGGGUGGAUGCAACCGACAUUGAGGGAUGGAAUGUGUCCUUCAAAAUCAUGGAUCCCGGCAGUUAUAUGGUUUAUCUUUUUGCCGUGACGCCGCCUCCACGCGCCAACCGGCUAGAACCAAGAGAAUACAGGAUCGAGGCUCUGAGCGCCAAACCCCAAGCGCUGCAGGUAUCUCAGUUGAGCCCUGAUGGUGGCGUGUUAACUUCCUUUAAUGCGAGCCGUAUUCCCAAGCGUCACUGUCGACUGGGACUGGACGAGAUGAGGGGGCGAUGGGUUCGCAGCACCGUGGUCAGCGAGGCAUCUAGAUGCCGCAGAUUGGGGUGUCCAAGGGAUGGCUGGACAUACGUCUCAAGGACAUGCUACUGGAACGUGUUCAGCAAAGCGGACACCUACAGGCUCCUCGAGAUGAUCGAGGGAGAGCCCGGGAAGCCCCUUUCCUUGAUUGCCGCAGGGAGCUCGGUUCUCCGUGGGAGCCUGCAGAGUCUCCUGGACGCCUUGGUUCCGAAUGCUUGGCAGAGUUUCGCCGGAAUUAAAAGCAUUCCGGGCGUGGGUACGACCGUUAAAUGCUGGGGUUGGCUAGAAUAUGAGGUCGACAGGAAACUCCAUCUAGCCUUCCAUGACUGGCGCCUGCCCGGCUACGAGCAGAGUGACCGCAACUGGGCCUCAGCAAGGAUCUUGAAAACACUGAAGGAGAAUCAUGAGAUUGUUGUUAUCGAGCUGGGCUUCAACUUGCAUUCCGACCAAAGGGGCUUUGAUGAUGAGCUGGAGUCUUUCUGGAGCCCCAUUUUCCAGGAGGCGCUGCCGACUCUGACCGGGAAAGUCAUCUUGUUCGCAGGCCUCUACAGCCCGAUGAACUUCCCGGUUUGCGUGCAAAAGAAGUGUGCCAUCAGCUGGGGGCGAGCUGUAUGGGCCCAGCAGAGUGUCAACAAACUCGUCGCAUCCUGGCCUAACAAGACCAGAGAGGCUUCUCAAGGGAAGCUCUUGGUUAUAGACCCGGCGCCUAUGGCACUGGCCAUGUUCUUUGAUGGCGAAACAAUAAUGGGUCAAGACAUGUAUGGCUCCCAACACUGGCAUCGCUACGAGUACUCGCAAAGGCCCGGAAGGAAGGUCUUUGGGACAGUUGCUGAUGUGCUUGGUCAACUUUUCGUCUCGGAGCUCCUUCGAGGCAGGAAGUUUCAGAAAAGCACAGCUCCGUCUACGGAGAACCAAACUACACGGGCCUGUGCACAGUGCCCAGAGACAAGCUGCUGCCCGUGGCGGCCCGUACCACUGGAGUUGAAGCACAGCCUCGCAAAGGUCGAGAGCCCGCCGCGCUUCGACAAUUGGGCCCAGUUGCCCCUUGAAGGCUGUGGCAGAAUGGAUUCAAAGCGCCCGCAUCGACAAAAGCAGGACAUUCUGCGAAUCAGCAUGUCCGAGGCCCUAGAUGCGGACCCCAACAUGAUCGGCGAGUCCCGCUUUGACCUCCAGGCUUUCAUCUCGCAGCAGAGGGAUGGCCAAAAGCAAGCCUCGUCUCUGCUGCGUGGUGAAGCCCUGGUCGGAACGAUCUGGGCCUCCGUUCAACCGCUCUCUUCGCCUUCGCGUGCCAAGACGGCAGGUGAAGCUCCGACGCUGAGCCAGCAGCUGCAAAUCUUGAGGCAAGGCUCGUCGUCAUCGCAGUCUCCUGGCUCCAAGAUGUCGAACGGAUCGCAGCUGCGCUCGCCGGGAAGGCGCCUCGGCUGCAUUGCCUUUCCUUCGCGGGCCGGUCAGAGAAGUCCUAUCCCCUGUGGAGGCUCUGCUCCUCGGGUCUCCAGCCCGAGCCCGGUGAUGCGAAGCAACACCUUGCUCGAGGAGCGGCGGCCAGCACCACUCGGUCCGGCGGUUUUGACCGCCGCUGGGACGCCCCAGGCAAGCGCCAGUGGAACGCCGGGAACCUCUCGUUUCAAGGCGAACUCGGACCUUGACAGCGCCAGGCACUCCCAGAUCUCAGGAGCGAGCCCUGCAUCAGCCUCCACGGCAAGAGCGAGCCCGAACGCUCCGCGCCCCGCUAGGUCGCGGUCGACACUUUCUGCUGGCUCCGAGAAGUCACCAGGCUCCAGGCUGAACUUCACAGAGAAAGCCCAAAGAGACUUGGUGGAGCUCAUGCGGAGCAAGGACAGGCUGAGGGCAUAUGCGGAGAGGCCGUUCAAGGCCGGGCGCACCUUGCUGGCUGGAAAUCGCCUGGGCUUCGAGGACUUUCAGCAGGCUCUGCGGGAACUGCUCCAGGAGCUUCACAUCAGCGUACCGGGAGACAAGCAGAUGCAGGCACUCUUCGACAAGCACCGGGGCGAGAACGAAGGCGUCAGCUCUGAGGACUUCGAGGCUCUCCUCUUCCGUCUCUUGUGCUUCCUGCGGGCCUCCGAGGAAGUUCGAGUGAAUCCUGGCGCUGAUGCUCGCUCCUGCUCGGAGGAGAGGGACAAGCGGUGGAGGCAAGAGUUCAUCCAGAAGAACCCACAGAGGUUUCACGACGUGUACGAGGUGCAGCGGCAGCUGGGAAAGGGCUCUUUUGGCACAGUGUACCUAGUCUCACACAGGACACAGGUUGACCAAAACAAGGAGAAGCGAGUUCGAGUCUGCAAGAUCAUCAGCAAGCUCAAGGCUAAGGAAGCCAAAACAUCGGAAGCCAAGGUCCGCGAGGAGUUUGCUGUGCUCAAACAGCUCGACCAUCCCCACGUCCUCAGAAUAUUUGAGGACUUUGAGGAUGACGAGAACUUUUACCUUGUUAUGGAGCAAUGUCGGGGUGGCGAUCUCGGGGCAUACGUCAAGCGUCUGGAGCCCAUGGAUGCCUACUCCUAUGAAUUCUGGGUUUCGAAGGUGAUGCAGCACACUCUGUCGGCGAUUGCCUACUGCCACUCGAAGGCCGUAAUUCACAAGGACCUCAAGCCUGAGAACGUUAUGCUCUCCACGACUCGGGACACCCCAGUUGCACAGAUGCAUGUUGUCGUGGUCGACUUCGGUUUGGCGGAGGUCUUUGCAAACUCCACGGACCGCAGCGAUGUGGUGUCGGGCACUCCGCCGUACAUGGCCCCCGAGGUGUGGCAGGGCAACUUCAGCAAGAGCUGCGACGUUUGGUCAGCUGGCUGCAUGCUGUUCUUCCUGUUGUCUGGGCGUUUGCCCUUCAUCGCAGCCACUGUAAAGGAAUUUCCCAAGGCUGUUCAGCAAGAGCCAGACUGGGCCGCAAUGGGCGGAGCCACCCAGGAAGCGCAGCAGAUCUGCAGGCAGAUGCUCCAGAAGAUGGAGCAUCAGCGGCCGACUGCACAAACUUGUUUGAAGGAAGAAGAUGCAACAAGCUACGAGAGGAAGGCUUGUCCACUGGCCGCUUCUGGAAACAGAAAUCGGCUGAGUCGGCAGAUUCUGCAGUGGUACCGUGCUCACACGCUCGGAUGCUUUGGGAGCAGGAUCCUCUUGCACCAGGAUUGCCCAAGUUUCCAAGCAUCAGGUGCUUCCGCUGGUGCGGGGAAGCUCCGUGCAGCUCUCUGGAUAAGCCAACAGGGCCUACAUUCCACUACUUGGGCACGUGACGAUGUUCCUCCUUUCUCCAUGAGUGAUGUGGCGCAGGCCUGCUUGGUGGGCUCACCAGCGCGCUUCGACUGGCGCCGAGAGAAACUGUUGGAUUGGGUGCGGCUUGGAAGCUGUGGCCAGGUCGCUGGUUCGAUCACACUUUCCGAGAGCCCCUUGAACUGUGCUUGCAGCGGCUUGUGGUCUGUCUGGUGCAGAGGUCCCAAACAGGUGUACUUUGCUCACGACUCCAUGCCCUUCAGCAACUCCACUUUUGCGGACAAGACCUGCUGGUGUGAUGGAGGGCCGCGCGAGGAGCCAAACUGGCCAUCAUGGCUGGAAGCAUCACAGCUCUGCACCACCUUCUUGCAGCUCCCUUUGCUGUGGGACGGUAUAGGCUUCGACAAGGAUGGCAUCAUGUGGGAGAACAACAACAUUCGGAACGUGCGCACUUUCUAUGGACGCGUUGUCUAUGUUGGCAGCAAGCGACGUGCGGCGGCACACCACUGCGAACGGAGUGCACUGAGAGAGACUGGCGACAUUGGCGGAGCCAGACAUGCACGUCUGGUCUUGCGAGCGUUGCUUCCGACUUACUACCGCCAUGUCUAUGCUCGGAACGUGGCGAACAUCUUUUACCAUGGCAUCGCAACUACCAACUUGGAUGACGUUUUCGCUACUGAAGUCAGCGAGGUGUGCAGAUCAUCUUCCGGUUGGCUGGACCACAUGUGGAGUCACAACAGCCUGCGCAAAGGCUAUCUGUUGUCUCAUGAUGCCAUGAGCAGAGACGUGGACUCUUGUGACACAGCUUGGCCAUGCCACUACGAUAGAGUGGACUCAACAGACUCCUCAGACGAGGGAUGCCUGCUGUGCGAUGCACAGCGUCCGUGCUUCCACAAAAGGGUUGAAGAAGCUUGCACAAGCCCAGAUUUCCACUUCUCCGGGUGGCAUGCCGCGCAGGAGUGUAGCGGCCGCCAAUGGUUGUCGCCGAGUUCCUGCAGCUGGAGGGGGUGUACGUGCUCGCGAGCCAUUUGUUGGUAUUUCACCUCAGACUUCAAAGCGGCGAUGCGCUGGAUCUCAGGUGGUUUGUGCAGAUGGGCCUGGCAGGUCACAGUCUGGAUUGCCUCUGUAUCACUUCUGCAGGUAAUCCAGCUGGUUGCCACUCAGCUCGAUGCCAGUCAGCAAACCACCGUGAACGAGGCUUUCAAGGCUUUUGACGCGGAUGGUGAUGGGCAUCUCUCUGCUGAAGAACUCAGGCAGGGGCUUAUGCAGUUUGGGGCCUCACCGGAGCAAGCAGAGCAGAUCGUCAGCGAGUUGGACGUUGGCCGCACGGGCCAAGUCUCUUACACCGAGUUCCUCGCUGGCAUCAUCAACUUGCGCUGCAAGAAGCCAGAGGAGCAAGACAGACUGCUGUCCAUUGCCUGGGAGCAAUUCCGCCCGGAUACCAGCGGACUGGUCAAGGUUCAGGACAUCCAAAAUGCACUGGCCACAAGAGGCAUGACUGUUGCCGACAUGCCUGACGGCUUCCUUGCAGCCCUCAACAAGGACCACACGCAGUACAUUUCCUUUGACUCGUUCAAGUCGCUGCUGCUGUUUGACGACAGUGAUCAGAUGGUUCCAGCGUCUUCAGAACGAGGUCGAGGAGCAAAAUUUAUUCGGUGGUGUGUCAGCUUCAUGCUGAAGCCAAGUGAGCAGUAG